AUAUUUCGUUCUUCACUUUCUCACUCUCUUCUUAUCUCCCGCAUAUGAGGAUUGAGCUGAGCUCCGGGAUGACGUCAUCUUCAUCGUCCUCGGCGUCAUCCUUCUUCUCUCGUUUUUGGUCGUCCGCUCUUCGGUCGAAACCGCUGUCUCCGGCUGUGGAAACCUCUGUCCGUACGAGCUCCGGCGACGGCCUCGUCCGGAGGCUAGGCCUCUUAGAUUUGAUUCUACUGGGCAUUGGCGCAUCGAUUGGCGCUGGUAUAUUCGUCGUCACCGGCACAGUUGCUCGCGACGCUGGUCCCGGGGUUACAAUUAGUUUCAUCAUAGCUGGAGCAUCUUGUGUUCUCAAUGCACUGUGUUAUGCUGAGCUAGCUUCUCGCUUUCCGGCAGUAGUUGGGGGAGCAUACAUGUACACAUACUCAGCUUUCAACGAGCUCACUGCUUUUCUUGUCUUUGCUCAGUUGAUGCUUGACUAUCAUAUUGCUGCUGCUAGCAUAGCACGUAGCUUAGCAAGUUAUGUGGUUACUGUCCUAGAGUUGAUUCCCUUCCUUAAGGAUAAUAUUCCAAGCUGGGUUGGGCAUGGUGAAGAAGUUCUUGGAGCUUUAUCCAUUAAUAUAUUAGCUCCUAUUCUCCUAGUGCUUCUGACUGUAGUUCUGUGUUGGGGUGUUGGAGAAUCUUCAAUACUAAAUUCAAUCAUGACAGUGACAAAGGUGCUCAUUGUUCUUUUCAUCAUCAUUGUUGGUGCAUUUGAGGUUGAUGUCUCAAAUUGGACUCCUUUUGCCCCACAUGGUUUUAACUCAAUAUUGACCGGAGCAACAGUGGUCUUCUUUUCAUAUGUUGGAUUUGAUGCAGUUGCUAAUUCUGCUGAAGAGUCCAAGAGACCCCAGAGGGACUUACCUUUUGGCAUAAUUGGUAGCCUCCUGGUGUGUGUUGCAUUGUACAUUGGGGUUUGCUUAGUGAUUACUGGAAUGGUUCCAUACCAAUAUCUUGGGGAAGAUGCACCUUUGGCCCAAGCUUUCACGUCGAGGGGCUUGAAAUAUGUAUCUGUGCUUAUCAGCUUUGGUGCUGUUGCUGGACUUACAACCACUCUUUUAGUUGGACUUUAUGUUCAGUCUCGCUUGUAUCUUGGACUUGGAAGGGAUGGUUUACUACCAGCUAUAUUUGCCAGAGUACACCCAACACGACAUACCCCAGUUCAUUCUCAAGUUUGGGUUGGUCUUAUUGCCAGCAUAUUGGCAGGACUUCUAAAUGUGCGCGUGCUCUCACAUAUUCUAUCAGUUGGAACCUUGACAGGGUAUUCAGUUGUUUCAGCAUGCGUGUUGACCCUCCGCUGGAAGGAUAAGACUUCAAGUCAGGCUUCUACCAGGAGGAUUUCUAGAAGAGGAGAAGGCAUCAUUUGCCUUUUCACAAUUGCCUGUUGUGGUUUUGCAGCAGGAGUUCUUUUCCGUUAUGGUGCUUCAUUUGUUUUUCUGAUUUUGGCGGCUGUUAUUGCAAUUUUUUCUGCUGGAGCUCUUUAUCUACGGCAAGUCUACACUGAUCCACCAGGUUUUUCAUGUCCUGGAGUUCCAAUUAUUCCAUCUGUUAGCAUUUUCUUCAACAUUUUUCUGUUCGCUCAGCUGCACUAUGAAGCAUGGGUGAGAUUUGUAGUCCUCAGCAUUGUUACAGUCGGUGUUUAUGCAUUUUACAGCCAGUAUCAUGCGGAUCCUCUAGGUUCAAAUGCUUCAAUUGUUUACCACCGAGCACCUGCUGAAGAAGCUCCGUAGUUCGACCUGUUAAUGUAAGUUCAUCUAUUAUUAUUUUUCUUGUAAGUUUCUCUGGGGAUCUGAAACAUUGAUUGAUGAAGUAGUUUCCCCACACUGACAUGGAAAAUAGAAAAGUCACUUUAUACCUAAUAAGAGGUCAGAGGAUAGAGUUGUGUGUAUAUAUUGCAGAACUCUAGCUUUUUAUUACAGAUGGAGACUGGGAAAGUUGUCUAUUUUUGCUGGAGGAAUUUACAGGCAGCUCAGACACCCA